GUCACACCAUGUCAGUGACCAGCAGGAAAGCGAGACCAUCCCUGACCCAAGAGAUCCUCAGCUACCUGGGCCUUGCCAACAAGACUGCGGCCUGGGGGACCCUGGGCACCCUCAGGACCUUCUUGAGCUUCAGCGUGGACAAGGAUGUGCAGAGGCUACUGAGGGCCAUCGCAGGCCAAGGGGUGGACCGCCACGCCAUUGUGGAUGUGCUGACCAAUCGGAGCAAAGAGCAAAGGCAGGUCAUCUCUCGAGCCUUCCAGGAACGCACCCAACAGGACCUGCUGACGUCCCUGCAGGCAGCACUGUCCGGCAACCUCGAGAGGAUUGUGGUGGCUCUGCUGCGGCCAGCAGCCCAUUUCGAUGCCCAGGAAUUGAGGACAGCCUUGAAGGACUCAGGUCCUGCCAACGAGGUGAUCGUGGAAAUUCUUGCUACCCGCGCUCCACCCCAGCUGCAGGAGUGCCUGGCGGUCUACAAACACGAUUUCCAGGUGGAGGCUGAGGAGGACAUCAAGUCUGCGACCAGUGGCACCUUGCAGGACUUGUUCCUAGCCCUGGCCAAGGGGGACCGGGAGAGCUGCUCUGAAGUCAUUGACUACCACCUGGCAGAACAGGAUGUCCAGGCACUGAAGCAGGCUGACCAACCCGGCUCGGAGGAGACGUGGGUCCUCAUCCUCACCCAGCGAAACCCCGAACACCUCAUCCGAGUGUUUGAUCAGUACCAGCGGCGCACCGGGCACGCGCCGGAGCGCACUGUCCGGGACCGUUUCCAUGGAGAUGCCCAGAUAGCCUUGCUCAGCCUAGCCUCGGUGAUCAGGAACACACCGCUGUACUUCGCCAAUAAACUGCAUGAAGCCCUCCAGGAAACUGAGCCCGAUAACCAAGCCCUGAUGCGUAUCCUCAUCUCUAGAAGUGAGACUGACCUUCUAAGCAUCCGAGCUGAGUACAAAAAGAAAUUUGGGAAAUCCCUCUACUCUUCCCUCCAGGAUGCCGUGAAGGGGGACUGCCGGUUAGCCCUACUAGCCCUGUGCCGGGCUGAAGACCUCUGAGACUUUCCUGCCCCCCACCCCUACAUGAGAUUCAAGGAUCUGAGAUUCCCACGUUUGGCUAAGGCUGAGCCUCCAAGACAGGAUAAGCCCUCGCUGAGCACCGUGUGUUCCGGCGUCUCAUCGAGGCUGGAACUCAAAGUCUUUCACAUCCCUUGAUUGCCUUCAUCCCAAAGCGAUGUCCGCACCUCGGUCCCCUGGCUCUGACUCGGGUGUGGGCUAAUGGGGCCUUCUUGACGGUUUCUGCCCGACUCAUCCAUCCUGUACUCAAGGCAGAACAUCUCACUGA